UGUGUGUGUGUGUGUUUUCUCUUAGCCAUAUAUAGGACCAAGUGUAGAUAGUCCAGGAGUUCUGUUGGAUAGACAGUCAAUUGGCUGCAGGGCUGCAACCCUCACUCUCUCUACCUUCUCGAGCAGGAAUAUAAAGCUCUCACCAGAUCUAUUUGGCUGCUGUUGAAGGAAACAGAGGAACUUCUCUGUGUUUUUGAGUGGUUCUGAGCACCUGCCUGUGUCAAAAUGAGUGACACUCUGCUGGAUGAUGAGUCCUUCAUGUUCACUUCGGAGUCCGUCGGAGAGGGACAUCCAGACAAGAUAUGUGACCAGAUCAGUGAUGCUGUCCUGGAUGCUCACCUGAAACAGGACCCAGAUGCCAAGGUUGCCUGUGAGACGGUGUGUAAGACUGGCAUGGUGCUGCUGUGUGGAGAGAUCACGUCCCGGGCCAAUGUAGACUACCAGAAGGUGGUCAGAGACGCUAUCAAACACAUCGGCUACGACAACUCAGACAAAGGUUUUGACUAUAAGACAUGCAAUGUGUUGGUGGCUCUGGAGCAGCAGAGUCCAGACAUCGCUCAGGGUGUCCACGUCGACAGGAAAGAGGAGGAUAUGGGAGCUGGAGACCAGGGUCUGAUGUUUGGCUAUGCUACAGACGAGACAGAGGAGUGCAUGCCUCUCACCAUCGUCCUAGCUCACAAACUGAAUUCCAAGAUGGCCGAACUCAGACGCAACGGAACCGUUCCCUGGCUCCGCCCCGACUCUAAAACACAGGUGACGGUACACUAUGAGCAGGAGAACGGGGCAGUGAUCCCUAUAAGGGUACACACCGUGGUCAUCUCUGUUCAACAUGAUGACUUCAUCGGCCUGGAGGAACAGAAGAAGGUGCUCAAGGAGACGGUGAUCAAGGCAGUGGUUCCAGCUAAGUAUCUGGAUGAUAAGACCAUCUACCAUCUGCAGCCCAGUGGACGUUUCGUCAUCGGAGGACCCCAGGGUGAUGCUGGAGUGACGGGUAGGAAGAUCAUCGUUGAUACGUACGGAGGCUGGGGGGCCCACGGUGGUGGAGCUUUCUCUGGUAAAGACUUCUCCAAGGUGGACCGCUCGGCUGCCUAUGCUGCCCGCUGGGUGGCCAAGUCCCUGGUCAUGGCCAAACUGUGCAGGAGGGUGCUGGUUCAGGUAUCCUACGCCAUCGGAGUGGCCCACCCUCUGUCCAUCUCCGUGUUCACCUACGGCUCGUCACAGAAGUCUGAGAGAGAGCUGCUGCAUAUCGUCAACAAGAACUUUGACCUACGACCUGGUGUCAUCGUCAGGGAGCUGAACCUGAAGAGGCCAAUCUACCAGAACACUGCGUGCUACGGCCACUUUGGCCGGAGUGAAUUCACCUGGGAAGUCCCUAAAGAGCUCACCUACUAAACAUCCCCUCCUGGUGGUCAAAUAUAUAACGAGCUGAUGUGGAGAUAGAAAACAGGCCCCCUCUACAGGCUACAACCACAAAUGGUUCUGCUUUUUCAUUGGCUAGUGUUGAGGUUAAAGGGAUACUUUGGGAUUUUGGCAACGAGGCCCUUUAUCUACUUCCGCAGAGUCAGAUGAACUUGAUUAUGUUAGCAGAUCCCCAUAGACUUCCAGUCAUUGCGCUAACACUAGUUAGCAUUCGCUUGUGAAACUACCUCUAACUUCCUUCAUACUGGACACAGUUAUGUAAAAAUGGUAGAGGUAGUUUCACGAGCGAAUGCUAACUAGCGUUAGCGCAAUGACUGAAGGUCUAUGGGGAUCUGCUAGCAUAAUCAAGUUCAUCUGACUCUGGGGAAGUAGGUGGAUGGCCUCAUUGACAAAAUCCCGAAGUAUUCUUUUACGGUUUGGAGUUAUGAUUAGGGUAAAAGGUAAGGUUUGGGCUAGUGCUGAUCAAUCAUUAAUGUUGUUGCAGCCCAUAGAGUGGGAUUUGUUUGUUUGUUCUUCUUGUCAUAUCUCUUCUCACUCCCUCCCUCUCUCUCUCAAACAAACAAAACCAACCAUAUAAUAAUCAAUAAAGUUAAAUAUAGAAAAACAUCUAAACUGUGAAUAUACUGUAUAGCAAUAUAUCCCCUCCACUCUGUCCAUAUCACUUUAAGAUGGUGCUACAAAUCCUGUAUUUGUAUUCAUCCAUAAUCUAAGGGGAAUAUGUAUCUGCAGGUUCAAUCAACAACUUUCAAUCAACCAAAGCAUAUUUAUCUUUUAUCAGUAGGGUCUUUCAAUCCCAUCUAAUAUUGGGAGGGAGAUCACCCUCUAACUUGGGUUUCGGCCAAGGUUACAACUAUUAUCUUUGCACUGUAUCAAACUGGUUUAUAUUAUAUGUAGCUCUGUAAAGAUCAAAUCCACAUGAAAGUCUUCAUUUUGUAAUUCUCAUCGAUGCUGCGAGACAUUUUUUUUUUACAUUGCAUCACUACUACUACAACGACACAACAGCAGCAACAAUGACAGGUGAAUAGUCAGAUUACACAGGUUUCAUAUACCAGGGAUGUGUCGGGCGGUAUACUGUACCUCUUACCAGUGUAUCACAGUUGACCAGAUGUGGCAGUAGAAAUAGACUUGCAAAAUAAGGCUUCAUAACCAUUUAUAAGGCAUCAUAAUGAUGCUUUAUAACUGUUUAUAAGGCCUUAUAAUGCUUUAUGAUGCAUCUAUUAACCCCUGCUCAGUCCUGUUUGAUUAUGCUAUUUGUAUCUUCAUCUGUAAAGCUGCUGCUGGGAUCUAUCUCACUGUAAACAAUAUUAGCCGCCUUGAAUGAAUGAACUGUUCUCAUCUCAACUCUGAUGACCGAUAGUAGAUAAGGUUUGAUGUAUUUAGUUUUUUGACUUGAUUGUGAGUUAAUUGUUGUGAUUAUUUGUCAAUGAAUAGAUUCUGAAUAGAUUGCAAAACUGCAUGUUGCCAACAGUAGGAAUAUUAUUUUGUGGACCAAUGUUUCUACAUUUGUACAAUUUUACAUGCCUGAGAUGAUGCUGUCUGAAAAUAAUAACGUUGAGUUUACCAGACAAACAUGACAGAAGUAUUUUAAGUUGAUGACAGAAUGUACCUCUUUCCUCAGAGUUUCAAACCACUUGUGCAUUUUUUCUUUCAUCCAUUUUCCCAAUUCUUUCAAACCAUCUCUGGGACAUUCACUUAUUUGAAAUCAGUGAUAAGCUGUCUGUCUCUAAGUAUAAAUGUAUUUUGCAUAGA